AUGGCGGAUAAGCAGAUAAAUACGGCGGACAAAAAGUGUAUAGAUGGCAACUGCCCAUCCAAUUCAGCUUGUGUUGAUAAGAAAUGCAAGUUGAAAUGUGAAGAUAAAAAUUGUCAAUCCAAUGCACGUUGUAAAGACAACAAAUGCAUUUGUGUAGAGGGCUACAUAGACAGAAGUGGAAUUUGUGAGGUAAAGUGUGUAGAUAGCAACUGUCCAUCAAAUUCAGCUUGUGUUGACAACAAAUGCAAGUGUAACUCUGGAUUUAUAGAAAUUGGUGGUCUGUGUGAAGUUAAAUGUGAAGAUAAAAAAUGUCAGUCAAGUGCACACUGCAAAAACAACAAAUGUACUUGUGUAGAGGGUUAUGUAGACAGAAGUGGAAUUUGUGAGGUAAAGUGUGUAGAUAGCAACUGUCCAUCAAAUUCAGCUUGUGUUGACAACAAAUGCAAAUGUAACUCCGGAUUUAUAGAAAACAAUAGUGUUUGUGAAGUUAAGUGUGAAGAUAAAAAUUGUCAGUCGAAUGCCCGCUGUAGGGACAACAAAUGUGCUUGUGUAGAGGGCUACAUAGACAGAAGUGGAACCUGUGAAGUCAAAUGUGUAGACAGUGAGUGUAAAACCAAUGCAGUUUGUCGAUAUAACAAAUGCACCUGUAAAGUUGGUUUCAUCGAGAGAAGUGGUAGUUGUGAAGUGAUUUGCCACUCAUUUAACUGUCCACGAUUUGCUUCCUGUCUUGACAACAAAUGCACUUGUAAUUUAGGAUACAUUAUGGUUGGGAAAAAAUGUGAAGUUAAAUGUCAAGUGUCAAAAUGUGCGGAAAAUGCUGAAUGUAGAUCCAAUAAAUGUCAAUGCAAGAAAGGGUACAUCGGAGACGGUACAACAGGAUGUCAAGAAAGUUGUGGAGGAAAGGUCUGUGGAAAGCAUGCUCGAUGUGCAUCGUAUGGUCGCAGAAAGAAGUGUAAAUGCAUCAGGGGUUUCUAUGGCAAUGGUAUUACCUGUACAGAUACCUGUGGUGGAAAGAAAUGUCACAUGUAUGCAAGAUGUAAAAAUGAUAAAUGUGUUUGUGGCAGGGGUACUUACGGAUCGGGAGAAACUUGUAAGCGACUUUGCGGAUGGAAGCGCGUGAAAUGUGGAGACAACGCCAGUUGUUAUCGAGGAAAGUGUAAAUGUGAUGGUGGAUUCGAGGGAGACGGCAUAGUCUGCAAAAAACUCUGUACAUGUGCCAUCAUGAGUCACACUUGGUACAAUCUGUAUGAUGGAAACUUUAUAAGGUUCGCUGGAACGUGUAAAUAUACCUUGUCAAGAUACAACAAUGCCACGUCUCUGUGUCAAUAUAACGCGGAAGUUAAAUACAAAAGGACAGACUCUCCUAGAAAGGGAACGAUGCUGGAGUACAUGGAACUCACAGUUUUUGGAAAGAAGAUACACUUGGGUAGAAACUUGGAAGUCAUGAUUGAUGGGUUACAGAUCUACUUACCUUACAUAUCCUCCUCUAUAAAAAUUCACUACAGUGGGCUGGGCGUGGUCGUUAUCUGUGACAGUUGUAGUACUAGAUUGUUCUGGAAUGGAAAAGGCUUUGUGGCAUUAUCUGUUCCAAUGGAUUUUGGCGCUUCUUUGACUGGAAUGUGUGGUAACUGUAAUACUAAGAGAGACGAUUUAAAAACCAGCAGUGGUGAAGAUGUAUCUAGAUAUGGAAAGACAGUUGGGUCUUCUAUUGGGGAAAGUUAUCUUGUGACAGAGGCCGAUAACAACCAAACGUGCGAGUCUCUCGGAUCUACCAACACGUGCUGGAAUCGUCUGGGUUCCAAUUCAUUUAGGAAAUGUGGUCUAUUGAACAAGAGAAACAGAAAGUCACCUUUUAAACGUUGCAUGAAAGCCUCCCCCGAGUUGGCGGACAUGAUGUACAAAGCUUGUCAACAGGAUUAUUGUGCCAGUCCUACAGAAGCUGAAGCUACUGUUUGUAGACAUCUUGAAGGUUUCGCCACUUUAUGUGCCAAGUUUGAUAAACUUGUUUAUUGGAGAUAUCGUGUACCAACGUGCAAACGAAAACUCAAAUGUGGAAAGAAAAUGUUUUACUGGUGGAUGUCUUCCGCGUGUCCCAAUACGUGUUUGGAACCAAAUGCAGGUCGUAAAUGUAGUCUUCCAAAGACUGAGAGUUGCCGAUGUAUACACGGCUACAUUCUGAGCGGAGAUAAAUGCGUCAAAACAGAGCAGUGUGGGUGCUCAAAAGGAUCCAAUUAUUUCCCGCUGGGAUCGUCGUAUAUUAAGCCAGAUUGUUCUGGAAAGGACGUAUGUCGUAAAUUACCCGGUAAAAAACGGCCUAGGUUGGUGAAAGGCAAACAACAAAAUUGUCACAGUGAGGCCACCUGUGACGUCAUACACGGUGUACCUCAGUGUACCUGUCAGAUUGGAUAUACAGGGGACGGUGUCAACAAAUGUAAACCGGCAACCUCGUGUUCUGUCACAGAGAAAGUAAGGAAUUGCAGCGCCACCAUACAGUUAGCAGGGGAAUGUUUCUACAAAUCAAGACAUACACAGACUUGUCGAUACACAACGCUCAGCGUCAAGGAUGGAAAUAAGCAUCGCGCUUACGUCAAGUUUAAGGGACAGCGUAAAAGCCGAUCGUUAUCUCUAGGACAUACGUCUUUAGGAUGCGCAGACUUCACAUUCACGGGUGGCCGAGUCAUUAUAAAAGAAACAAUAUGUGAUUGCCCUGGACAUUGAGAUAAACCAUAUUAACUAAAUGUUUAUUCAAUGUAAUUUUAUAUGAUUUUAGAUAAUUCAUUAUUAUCUAAAAAGCACAAUAAAGAGUUGAUAUAAGGGGUAAACUAUCUUACAAUGUAUACCCUAAUUACAGUAUUCCAUCAAUACGUUUAUGGAAUAUUUAUAAUAAAUGGCAAUUAUUGUAGGCAAAUUGAUGAAUAUUAUUGACAGGUACAAGUUGAAUAAAGUACUGUGAAUUAUUA